AGCUUUGCAUUAUGUUUAUUUGAUGUCUUGGAGAGAACAGUACAUGUUAAGGCUGGUAAUUUCACUUUGGUUUAAUAUCUUCAUUUUUUUUUAGUGUAUAAUGUGUCUGCUUAUUAAGUACUUUGUGUUUUAUUUUGUUUUGUUUUUUUAAUGGCAUGAUCUAAUUUCUACAAACUAAUUUUGGACUACUCUAUACUGUGUAACAAAUAAGCAAAAGCCUGUUAAUUUCCAGCUCGGCUGAGGAGCAGGAAAGGAACAAUUCACCAGUUGCUAAAUGAAAAUGCAGAACUGCAAGCAGGGAAAACAUGCAAUAAUUUGUCGAGCGCCAAGAACCUUGCUCAGCUUCUGAGAAUUUGUAGAUAAUGGACCAGCAGGGAAGAUCUUGCUCUUAAUAUUUUAAUAUUCUGGCUUCUGUACUUAGUAUGAAGGUAAGAUUCUGAUGUUCAGAUUGUGCUCAGGUUGCUGCCCUGUCACCUUCUGUGACGAACAGGACCUCUUGCUGUAGCACAGGCUACUUGGAUCAGUAGGGAUGGGAAAAAUAGGAGCUACAGCUUUGGAUCUGCUGCUGGGUAUGUGUUUAUGCACUUCCAGCUCCUUUUUGGGCAGAACAUGAACCUGCAGAGCUAAUGUGGCUUUGAUCCAGGUUUGAAACAGGAUGUUGAAUUUGACAGUAGAUAUGUCUGAGGUUUCUUUUGAGCAUGUUUCACCAGGUGACUACUUAACUUCUCAUUCUGCUGCAGGGACAGUGCGCAGCCCUGUUUCUUUUUCUGGCUUCCCCUUGCAGCCAGGUACCUUUGCAAAGAACUGCAGCAGCAGGAUGACUUACAGGAACACCUGAACUGUAUCUGGCUGCCUGUUAGAGAAAGCAAAAAGCAAAGAAAAGGUGAAAAAUUAGCAGAAAAAUCUGAAUCUGAAAUUUAAGACAAAAUUACUCAUCGUAUUUUCAGAUCAUAAAGAACUGACACAGGGGAUGUUUAUGUACUUUAUUACGUCUUAUUCUGAACAGAAACCGUGAAGUGUUUAAUUCUCAUAUCAACUUUAAAAAAUCCUAAUGAAAUUCUUCCAUCCUCUGACAUUGAGGUGGAGUGGUAUUGUACACUUCAUCCUAUCCCAAAUUUCUUACUCGUGUGAGCGUGAUCUGAAACAAACCUCAGUUUUCUCUGUGGUGAACUUUUCGUGAGCCCGCUUGUUGGGGAGGGCUGGAGUGGCAGCGGGUUGCAGGAGGAGGCAGCGUCCAUGCAGUUUGGAUCUGAGGAGGUUGCUGGCCUCACCUGGCAAAGGAGCUCUCCUGGAAGGCUUUGAACAGGCGCUUCUGCCAGCAGAGACCACACACAGCUCCUCAUACACCUCGUUUUUAUUAUACCAGUGAAACUUCCAAGUUGUUUUGUACUUUGAAGAACUUUAAGAAUUCCUGCUGCCUUUCCCGAGGGAAGCCAUGCCCUACCACAAAGUCCUGUGUCUGGUCCUGCUAACGUUGGUCGGCAUCCUGGUCCCUGCUGUGCUGGCAGCAGAGUACCCGCAGGGCCCGGUCCCCACCCUCUGGAACGAGCCGCCUGAGUUACCCUCUGGAGCCGGCCCCUUCGAUGCGGCCACCACCACAGCCCAGCCAUCAGACGCCACCGCCUUUCCCCCGUACACCUCUGAGCUGGAGCCCGAGGACACCACCCACCUGCACCGGCUGGACGCCGGGGAUGGCUCACUGGGGCCUGGAGCUAUUGGUGCCAUUGUCAUCGCCUCUCUCCUGGGUACGUCUGUACUUGUGGCCUUGGUCGUCAUCACGCUGAGAAAGUUUUCUGCCUCCUGAGCUCAAUAAAAGAUUUUUCUGUAAUACAA